AUGUCUGCUACAGAGUCAUAUCUUGUUCAACAUGGAUCUGGAUUUGUUAAUGAAUAUGCGCGCCGUGAUACGACUGAUGAUCCAAACCACCUCUUAGGCGCUUUUCCUUGCUUGUUUCCUUAUGGGCUAGGAGGAUUCGAAGUCUCUCGACCACGUCCUGUCUCUUAUGAAGCUCACGCUAAGUGGGCUAUGCAAUACGGUGACAAGCGCUUUCGAAAAGACUUCCACUUUAUGUUUCAAGUUUUCGGUGUUAUCCAGAAACAUCAGGUUUGUCGAUCCACGGUUCUGCAAGUUCAGAAAAAGGCUUUUCUGGACAACAAAGCGUCUUUCACUCAUUUAACUGCCGAUGACCUUGCAUUGGCCGGUCGCCAGGAAGCAAAAAAAGAAGCUAUCUCCAACCCGGUGAUCCGUGCCUUGAAAAAACAUCUCACUGCAGUUCGAGUCAAUGUGGUGGGCACGGACGAAUCCAAGAUUAGUAUUCAUGCUUAUAUCUGGGGUAUGACCGUUCUUCGAAACCCACCCUCUUUGUGGAUCACAAUUAAUCCUACCGACACACACGAUCCUAUCGUCCAAGUAUUCGCUGGAGAGGAGAUUGAUCUGGAUCUAUUCGAUCGUACUGCAGGGCCUGACUCCGCCCAGCAUGCGAAGAUUGUUGCAGAUGACCCUUACGCUGCCGCUAAGUUCUUUCAUUUCGUAGUUCGAGCCAUUUUUGAGGAGUUGAUGGGUAUUACAAUUCAUAAGCGGGCAGCUAGAGGGUCCCAAAUUGUUCGGCGCAAGGGGAUUUUUGGAACGCUGGAAGGGUAUAUUGGUAACAGAGGAAAUUUUGGCUACGGCACCUCGAGACAAAGCAGUUUCGUACUCUCGGCCUCUCGAUCCCCGUUCACCCCACCUUUUCAACCUCUCAUCACGACGUGGAAGGUCGAUUGGUUCAUGCUGUUCAGGUCCAUAAAUGUGGACCUGGAUGUCUGA